UUGACCCCGGAAGGGAUUGCUUAGUGGGUCGUGCGCAUGCGCACGGCGAAAUCGCGGCCUUCGCGGAGAUUAAACCUGAGUAGGGAGGCCUUGGUGUUGGUGAGGAGCUACACGGUUUCUUCCUGUCCCCUAAAGCACCCAGGACUGCAUCAUGGACUUUCAGCACCGACCUGGAGGCAAAACUGGGAGUGGGGGUGUAGCCUCCUCCUCCGAGAGCAACCGGGACCGGAGAGAGCGCCUGCGGCAACUGGCCCUGGAAACCAUCGACAUCAACAAGGACCCGUAUUUUAUGAAGAACCACCUGGGAUCCUAUGAGUGCAAACUCUGCCUGACUCUGCAUAACAAUGAGGGGAGCUACCUGGCCCAUACCCAAGGGAAGAAACAUCAGACUAAUUUGGCCCGGCGAGCUGCCAAGGAGGCCAAAGAAGCCCCCGCCCAGCCUGCACCAGAGAAGGUCAAGGUGGAGGUGAAGAAGUUUGUGAAGAUUGGCCGCCCUGGCUACAAAGUGACCAAGCAGAGGGACACAGAGAUGGGCCAGCAAAGCCUGCUGUUCCAGAUUGACUACCCUGAGAUUGCAGAGGGUAUCAUGCCACGCCACCGCUUCAUGUCUGCCUAUGAGCAGAGGAUUGAGCCCCCAGACCGCCGCUGGCAGUAUCUGCUGAUGGCUGCUGAGCCCUAUGAGACCAUUGCCUUCAAGGUGCCGAGCCGGGAGAUUGACAAAGCUGAGGGCAAGUUUUGGACCCACUGGAACAGAGAAACCAAG